AUGUUUAAGAGUGCUAUGCUUGAUUGGCUAUUGCAUAGUGAGUUACCAAAUUCCAUCGGUCAGUUGAAGCAUUUACGCUACCUGAAUUUGUCUCGCUGUAGAAUUAAACAGUUACCUCAAUCUGUGGGUUUUCUUUUCAACUUGCAAACGUUGAUAUUGCAAAGUUGCGAAGAACUUACUAGGUUGCCACAAGUUAUCAAAAAUCUACAGAACCUUCGUGUUCUCGAUCUUACUGAUACUAGUAAUUUACAGGAGAUGCCAAUUCAGAUUGGUAAUUUGAAGAAUCUUCAGACUUUGACCAAAUUCAUUGUGGGCAAAGGCAUUGGGUCUGCUGUUAAUAUUCAAGAUGCUAGCAAUGCUAAUCUCAGUGACAAGCAUGGCUUAACAGCAUUGGAUUUGCAAUGGAGCCUUAAUCCCCAAAAUGAGGAAGGUGAAAUGCAUGUUCUUGAAAGGCUGCUACCUCAUAAAAAUCUGGAGAAGCUCAGAAUUCUGUUCUAUGGCGGUAAAAAAUUUCCAUCUUGGUUAGGCAUGGAUAAUGUCCAAAAGGUGGAUGUUGAGUUUUAUGGACAUGGUUUUCCUUCUGUUAAGCCUUUUCCUUUAUUGGAAAUUCUAAGGUUUAAGGAUAUGUUGGACUGGACUUGCUGGUCUUCCCCUAGUCAAGGUAAUGAAGACUCAUGGGAAGAAUUUCCUUGUCUCCGUGAACUCGUGGUAGAGGAUUGUCCCAAGUUGAGUAGAAAGUUGCCCAGCCGUCUUCCUUCUCUUUUGAAACUUGUAAUUAAGCGUUGCCCAAAGUUAGAAGGUUCAUCUUUGAGUUUCCCAUCUCUUGAUGAAUUAAAUAUAGAAGAUUGCAAUGUAGAGUUACUGGGAAGCAUUCUUGGCCUAACCUCUUUAACAACAGUCACAGCCAGGAGUAGGCCAAAGCUUCAGUGUCUCCAAAAUGGGGUUGUACAGUUUCCAGGAGCACUUAGAGUUCUUGUCAUUUCCAACUGCAAUGGAUUGACAUCAUUAUGGCAGAAGGGUGCUAUUCUGUUGAAUAUUGCUUCUCUUGAGUGUUUGAAAAUUACGGGCUGUCCACAGUUUGUGUCAUUGGCUGAAAAAGAGCAAGGUUUAUCUAGAGGUCUUGAUGAUUUGGGAUCGUUGAAUUCUUACAAUCUCUGGAAGUCUCCUUGGGGGAUGCAUGGCUUCACAUCUCUUGUGGAUUUGCAAAUUAAGUCGUGUCCAAAUCUUGUAUUCUUUCCCAAGACAAGUUUUGUGCCCAUGCUGAAAAAUCUUAAGCUCAAAGAUUGCAGGGCUCUAAAGUCUCUGCCUAGUGGGAUGAUGAUGCUUAAUUGUCCUCUCGAAGAAUUGGAGAUUGAAGAUUGCCCUGCUCUCACAUGCUUUCCAAGUGGCAGGAUAACUACCACACUUAGACGGUUGAGGAUUGGUACUGUAAUGAUCUGA